UCGCCAAAUACUGAAGCCGUCGGUCAGUCGUGUUGGGUGCCCGCCACUUGGUACAGUUUGACCAUCAGCUGUCAGUUCAUCGGCCGCUGGGAGCAGUUACCACAGGCACAGGGUUGUAUAUGUUGAAUUAAGAGGUCACUGUUUAGGUUUUAGGAAGAGGGGAAAUUAAGCACCCCGGUGAAGACUGUACAAUGACAGCUAUAGAAAUGCAAAUGCAAUACGACAGUUCGUAUAUGAUGACUGCUGUCGGGGAAUACAUGACCCAAGAGGACGACUGGGAUCGAGGUUUCUUCCUUGACCCGGCCUGGGAGAAGCAACAGCGGAAGACCUUCACUGCUUGGUGCAACUCUCAUCUCCGUAAGGCAGAGACACAGAUCGAGAACAUUGAGGACGACUUCAGAAAUGGACUUAAACUCAUGUUGCUGCUUGAGGUUAUCUCAGGUGAGAGGCUCCAGAGGCCAGACAAAGGCAAGAUGCGUUUCCACAAAAUCGCCAACGUAAAUAAGGCCCUGGAUUUUAUUACCAGUAAAGGAGUCAAGCUGGUCUCCAUCGGCGCUGAAGAGAUUGUGGAUGGUAACGUGAAAAUGACCCUUGGUAUGAUCUGGACCAUCAUCCUGCGUUUUGCAAUUCAAGACAUUUCAGUGGAGGAGACCUCUGCUAAGGAGGGCCUGUUGCUGUGGUGUCAGAGGAAGACUGCCCCUUAUCGGAACGUGAACGUCCAGAACUUCCACAUUAGUUGGAAAGAUGGCCUGGCUCUCUGCGCCCUCAUCCACAGACACAGACCUGACCUCAUCGAUUACUCCAAACUGCGCAAGGAUGACCCCAUGGGCAACCUCAACACUGCUUUUGAGGUGGCAGAGAAAUACCUUGACAUCCCCAAAAUGCUUGAUGCGGAAGACAUUGUCAACACUCCAAAACCUGAUGAGAAGGCCAUCAUGACGUAUGUGUCUUGCUUCUACCAUGCGUUUGCUGGAGCAGAACAGGCUGAGACAGCAGCUAACAGGAUCUGCAAGGUGCUGGCUGUGAAUCAGGAGAAUGAGAAGCUGAUGGAAGAAUACGAGAAACUGGCCAGUGAGCUUCUGGAGUGGAUCCAAAGGACCAUUCCCUGGCUGGAGAACCGUGUGGCGGAGCAGACCAUGCACGCCAUGCAGCAGAAGCUGGAAGAUUUUAGGGACUACCGUCGUGUCCAUAAGCCACCCAAGGUUCAGGAGAAGUGCCAGUUGGAGAUCAACUUCAACACUCUACAGACCAAGCUGAGGCUUAGCAACAGGCCUGCUUUCAUGCCCUCUGAAGGCAAAAUGGUUUCGGACAUUGCCAAUGCUUGGAAAGGUCUGGAGCAGGUAGAGAAGGGUUAUGAGGAGUGGCUGCUCACAGAGAUUCGUCGUCUGGAGAGAUUGGAUCACCUGGCUGAGAAAUUUAAGCAGAAGUGUACCUUGCAUGAAUCAUGGACCUCAGGAAAAGUGGAGCUGUUGACUCAGAAGGACUACGAGUCUGCCUCUCUGAUGGAGAUCCGUGCUCUGAUGAGAAAGCAUGAGGCCUCUGAGAGCGACCUGGCUGCUCACCAAGACCGAGUGGAACAAAUCGCUGCCAUUGCACAGGAACUCAAUGAACUGGACUAUUAUGACGCUGCCACCGUCAAUGCCCAUUGCCAGGGCAUCUGUGACCAGUGGGACAACCUGGGCACACUGACCCAGAAAAGGAGAGAAUCACUGGAGCGCGUGGAGAAGCUUUGGGAGACAAUUGACCAGUUGUACCUGGAGUUUGCCAAGAGGGCAGCACCUUUCAACAACUGGAUGGAUGGAGCUAUGGAAGAUCUACAGGACAUGUUCAUUGUUCACAGCAUUGAGGAGAUCCAGAUUUUGAUCACAGCUCAUGAGCAGUUCAAAGCUACUCUACCAGAAGCUGAUAAGGAGCGUAUGGCCAUCAUGUGCAUUCAAAGUGAAAUCGUGAAGAUUGCUCAAACAUACGGCAUCAAGGUGGUUGGUGAGAAUCCCUAUACUGUCCUCUCCCCUCAGGAUAUCAUCAACAAAUGGGAAGCUGUGAGGCAACUGGUUCCAAUGCGUGACCAGAUGUUGCAGGGGGAAUUGGCCAGGCAGCAGUCCAACGAGAGGCUGAGGCGCCAGUUUGCCGCUCAGGCCAACAUCAUCGGACCAUGGGUUUCCACCAAGAUGGAGGAAAUCAGUCAUGUGUCGAUUGACAUCACGGGUUCCCUAGAGGAACAGAUGGGCAAUCUGAAGACAUACGAACAGAACAUCAUCAAUUACAAAUCCAAUAUCGACACACUGGAGGGAGACCACCAGCUCAGCCAAGAGGGGCUUAUCUUUGAUAACAAGCACACCAACUAUACAAUGGAGCAUGUCCGUGUUGGUUGGGAGCAACUUCUCACCACUAUCGCCCGCACUAUUAAUGAAAUUGAGAACCAGAUUUUGACUCGCGAUGCGAAGGGCAUCAGUCAAGAACAGCUGAAUGAGUUCAGAGCCUCCUUCAAUCACUUUGACCGGAAGAGGAAUGGCAUGAUGGACCCCGAAGACUUCCGUGCUUGCCUGAUCUCUAUGGGUUACGAUCUGGUAAGUUCUAUUGGCCCUGGUGCUUCACUCAAAAAUCAACCAGUACUGCCCCGUAAAAACAUCUCUGAACAUGUACAUUUUCAUUUCUCUCAGGGUGAAGUUGAAUUUGCACGCAUUAUGACUCUGGUGGACCCCAACAACAUAGGAGUGGUUACCUUCCAGGCCUUUAUCGACUUCAUGACCAGGGAAACAGCUGAGACAGACACUGCUGAGCAGGUCAUGGCCUCUUUCAAGAUCCUGGCCUCUGACAAGGUGUACAUUACAGUAGAGGAGCUGAAGAGGGAACUGCCACCAGAUCAAGCCGAGUACUGUAUCAGCCGUAUGACCAAGUAUAUAGGCAGCGAUGCUCCCUCAGAUGCCCUUGACUACAUCUCAUUCUCCAGCGCCCUGUAUGGAGAAAGUGACUUGUAGGGCCUUUCCAGUCCUAUCUACCACCCACAACAUCCCCUAAACACCUUUCUCCAAAAUCAUGUCUGUCAUGAAACCCUUAACAUUUAACUUCGUCACAAUUGAUGUACGUUUUUUGGGCCUUGGUAUUAGGUGACGUAUACUGAUAAGUAAAAACCACUUUGAAUUGC